GAAUCAACACGUCAGUCUGCACGCAGUGCAGUUCCUCUAUUUUUUUCCAUUUUAAAGCCACAAUCACAAACUGAAGGAUUUCACAAGAGUUUCGUGAGGACACAAGACAGCAAUGUGGGUUCUUGCUUUAACUGCUCUCCUGGUUUAUGGCUCUGUACACACAGCUCACAGUGCCAUAUUAAUUCAGAGAGGCACAGAGGGGGGUGACACUGCUCUCUACUGUAAAAAUGAUGGUAAAGCGAUAUGGAGUAAAGGUGUUGAUGGAGGGGGAGGGAGGAUCCUCACUGCUCAACAUGGAGAAGUCACCAUUAAACACAAACCUGAUCCAGAUCACAGAUACACUGUGUUAAGUGAUUUAUCACUCAUGAUAAAGAAUCUGUCUCUCUCAGACUCGGGGAUUUACUACUGUAACGCUGUUCCUGUGGUCAGUCUGACUGUCACUCCAUUACAAAGUAGCACACCCGAGACAGAGGAAGGUUCAGCUGAAACAGGUAACCAGCAGAACCGAGCAGAAGAAGUUUACUGUCUGGCUCCACAUCCAUGAGUCCUGAUCACACACUAACACACAAUGUCCUCUUUUAAUUUUAAUCACAUUUCUGUAUCUUAUUUCCUUUUGUUUCCUUUGGAUUGUUGCUGUUUGCUAGUAAACUUACCAACUUUUAUAACAGAAUGUAACUGAGAGCUCUCUGUCUAUAACUCUCAUUAUUAAUGUAAUUAUUACAUCUAACUUUUAUUGCUGAAUCUGUUAUACUACAGUGUGGAAUAUCUGCACUGUGCUUCAUAUUAUUCCUUUCAUAUAUUUAUUUGAUCUUUGUUUCAUAAAAUCUAUUUACACAUUUAUUCUCUGUGAUUAUUUAGCUUUGUGUAAAUGUGAAGAUCAAGUAAAAGUAAAUUAAUACACAAUAAAUACAUUAAGGCUCCAGUGUAACUGUAAGGUGUACUGGGUUUAGUUUAAUCUACAAUAAAUUAAUUUAAUCUACAAUUAAUUUCAUUCAGGCUACAUCUAUAUUCACUCUGAUCUCAUUAGAAGUUUAUACAAAUUUCGAGAGACAAACAUGCUUGUAGGAACUUGCUGUUUGAUGCAGAUAUG